GAAGAGACAGAAAUGUGGAAAAUAAGGGAGUGGGAGAAGCAGUCAGAAGAGACUUACUGGAAAAGGCAAAGCAGAAUGCUGUCAGACACCUCCAGCAGUCGGAUGCGCAGUGAUGGCUUUGAUGAGGAGGGCUACAGAGCUGACUGGAAAACAAAGAACACACAAUUUCUUGACCCAGUCGAAGAUGAUCUCCUUAGGGCCCGAUCCUGGAAUAAAAAGCUGUAUGAAUGUGAAGCCAACAUGCCAGACAGAUGGGGUCACAGUGGCUAUAAAGAAUUGUACCCUGAAGAGUUUGAUACGGAUAGUGACCAGCAAGAAGGAGAUGAACAAAACGUUAUCAAUGGGAAGAAGAAAUCUCAUCUGGGAAAGCAAACUUCCCGUGAGUCACACAAACGGAAAAAAACAAAGAAAUCGCACAAGAAGAAGCAAAAAAAGCGAUCACACAAAAAGCGAAAGAAAAAGAAAAAGGAGCAGGGGAGAACAUCAUCAGAUUCUUCCCGGGAGAGUGAGUGCUCAGAAGAGGAGACUUCAAGCACCCGGAAAGGGAAACACAAGCGCAAGAAAAAGACCAGGAAAGUGCCUGCCAGGGAACCUACCUCUUCUGGGCAGGAAAGUGACUUUUCUCAUGGAAGCAGCUCAACCACCAGCAGCUGUGAGGACAGUGAAUCUGAGGAGAAAAAAGAGAAACAGCCUCUGAAAAAGAGAAAGAAACGUCACAAUUCUGUGUCAGAGAGGCACAAUGAAGUACCAGAGAAGAAGAGCAAGAGGAAGAACUGGAAGGUGGCUGCUGAUGAAAAAUCAGAGGAUAGCUCAGAUGAGGACUGA